AUGGGGAGGGACGAUAUCACUAGCAUACCAGGAGGAGAUCAGGGAGCAGAGUGUGCCCUUUGGACUCUGAUUGUUGAGCCUCCUCAACUUAAGAGACAGACCCCUCUCACACCCACCGGAGAAGCAGCAGUCAGGAAGUGGAAGCAGCAGAACCAAGAAGCAGAACAUGAGACGACACUCCUUUUCCCUCAUCCCCUUUUAGGCAGCCAAGGGCAGUUUCCACUGACACAGAACGUCACGGUCAUUGAAGGCGGAACUGCAAUUUUGACCUGCAGGGUUGAUCACAAUGAUAACACCUCCCUCCAGUGGUCAAAUCCGGCUCAACAGACGCUGUACUUCGAUGACAAGAAAGCUUUAAGAGACAAUCGGAUCGAGCUAGUUCGAGCUUCCUGGCAUGAAUUGAGUAUCAGUGUCAGCGAUGUGUCUCUCUCAGAUGAAGGACAGUACACCUGUUCUCUAUUCACCAUGCCGGUCAAGACUUCCAAGGCCUAUCUCACUGUUCUGGGGGUUCCUGAGAAGCCUCAAAUUAGUGGGUUUUCAUCACCAGUCAUGGAAGGGGACCUGAUGCAACUGACUUGCAAAACCUCGGGCAGCAAACCUGCAGCUGACCUCAGAUGGUUUAAAGACGACAAAGAGAUUAAAGAUGUGAAAUAUUUAAAAGAAGAGGAUGCAAAUCGCAAGACGUUCACAGUCAGCAGCACACUAGACUUCCGAGUGGACCGCAGCGAUGAUGGAGUGGCCAUCGUCUGCAGAGUAGACCAUGAAUCCCUCAAUGCCACCCCUCAGGUAGCGAUGCAGGUGCUAGAAAUUCACUAUACACCAUCAGUUAAGAUUAUACCAUCCACUCCUUUUCCACAAGAAGGACAGCCUUUAAUUUUGACUUGUGAAUCCAAAGGAAAACCACUGCCAGAACCCGUUCUGUGGACAAAGGAUGGAGGAGAAUUACCAGACCCUGAUCGAAUGGUCGUGAGCGGGAGGGAGUUAAAUAUUCUCUUCUUGAACAAAACGGAUAACGGCACCUAUCGAUGUGAAGCCACAAACACCAUUGGCCAAAGCAGCGCAGAGUAUGUGCUCAUUGUACACGAUGUUCCCAACACUUUGCUUUCCACCACUCUCAUCCCCUCCCUUACCACUGCAACAGCCACCACCUCUGUAGCCAUAACAACCAGCCCCACCACCUCUGCAGCAUCCAGCAGCACAAGAGAUCCUAAUGCUCUGGCUGGCCAGACUGGCCCUGACCAUGCCCUUAUAGGAGGAAUAGUGGCGGUAGUUGUAUUUGUUACACUGUGUUCUAUAUUCCUGCUUGGUCGAUAUCUGGCAAGACAUAAAGGAACGUACUUAACAAAUGAAGCUAAAGGAGCUGAAGAUGCACCCGACGCUGACACAGCCAUUAUCAAUGCUGAAGGCAGCCAAGUGAAUGCUGAAGAGAAAAAAGAGUAUUUCAUUUAAACACGCCAAGAUCCUUUACUUACCAAGCUGGCUGCUGGAGAAAACUGGCUAUCAUCUUUCAGAAUUCAUUGCUACCAUCUCUUGCUACCUUUAUUAACUUCCAUACUGUACUGCUCUCAGUAGCCAGUGUAUGCCAACAAUCAACUGUCGAAAGCAUCAUUCUUUAAUUGCCGUACUAUCCAUAAUGCAGGACAUUUCUUACUGCUAAAUUUCACACCAUUGCUCUUUUAACAUACAGUGCUUGAAUAUACAGCCUUAACAAUGUUACUCAUCUUGUUGGGUCAUAAUAUUGAAUUGUUUCUAUACAUUGGAAAAAUGUAUGCAUUUUUUCCCCUUUCGUUCUCUCCCAUUUCCCCCCCGAAAAAAACAUAAACUUUAUUGGUUUUCCAUUGUCGGCUUUUACAAGAAACAAGAUUAAGUGAAGACCCAAUGUUCUUAAAUUAAUUGAAGACUCGAGAUUUAAAAACAAUGUUUUCUAUAUGCCUGUCUUCAGAGAAAGGAGCCUGUUGGCACAAUGGUUGAAGAACUUGGUUGCAAACCAAAAUUAAUUGGGGGUUCGGCUCCACCAGGGCUCUCUGAGAGAAAGACAUGGCAGUCUGCCUCCAUAAAGGUUUCCAGCCUUGGAAAGUCUGUGGGGCAGUUCUAUUCUGGCCUAUAAGAUAGAUGUGAUUCAAGGUCAGUUUACGGCAGAGAGUUUGGAUUUGAGUCUUCAAAGACAAACUUAUUGGAAAUGUCUGCCCUCGAAAACACUGGAGCAUAGUUUCUAGAAUGUUUCAGAUUAUAGUGGUAACUCGAUAUCUAUUUCCUAUUUUAAAAUCUAGUAUUUGAGACAGGAACUAUGCGUGUGGUUUGCAAUCAUAACAUCUUCUAUACUUAUAUAAAUCUUAACAUCAGGUUAAUGUAGCUUCAUUUACAAAUAAAUUUUUCCAAACAUUUUACUGCUUUGGGAAUCAAAAACAUUUCAUUCACUUUUUUUCUAAUUUGAUUCUGUAAUUUAUUUAUUCCAUAAAGACUUACUUGCCUACACAAUUUAAAGUAUCCAUAGGGCACAAUUUUGAGACAUUUUAGUAUCUGUAUAUAGUGCAUAUAAUAAAUCCAAUUAAACAUUAUUUGAUACAUAUUUAACUUUUUUGGCUGUAGGAAGUUCAAUCAUAAGUCAGCGUUUUAUAAUGUCCAUUAUAUCCCUUUAGAUAUUACUUAAACCAAUAUUAUAAGUAGAUAACAUGUAUUAGUAUUUUUGUCUGUAUGUCCUAGCACUGUUCAACAACUUUUUCUAGUUCUUGUUAAUUUUUAUUUGUUAUACAAUGGAAGCACAAUGUUAUAAGGAACGGUAAUUUUAAGCUAACAACCAGUGCACAGCCUCAGGUUUUAGAUUACAACCACAGUUGAAUAAUAACCUAAAAAUAAACUCUUAGUUUGCUAAAAAUUUACAAAUUUUAAUUUGGCAGUUCCAGAGCUGCUUACCUAUGUUGGUUUGCCAAAAAGACGUGUUGAAGAUAUGUUUUCUGUACAAAUGAACUAAUUCUUUAUAUUAAAUUCCUGUCUAUGCAUUUUGUGAGGUACAAACUUAUGACACAGUGAGUGAUAGAGAAUUUCUGCCAUGUUUUUAACGCCAAGGUGAAAGUCUCUUUCUCUGAAUUAUUUCUGAAAUUUUGGAGUAUUUAACCAUUAAGAAAUGCUGUAUUCCUAAGUAUGAAACAAAGUCAACCUAAAGACUUAUUAUUUCUCCUAGUAAAAUAAACUACUGCUAGAUCAAUUCUCAUGAAAUUUAUUAUAUACAAGCAAAAUUUAAAAUCUUGUUAGUAAAAGUAUUUUCACAUUUGCAAACAGUGCACCUUUAAGAAGAAAUCAAAUAUGACUCUUUGGGAGCUAUCUUGUGAUGUCGGAAAGCAUGACAGCCUUCGGUUUUCAAAAUAAUAUCUUGGAAUUUAUUUUGGGGGUAUGAGAAUGGUUGAGUAUGACAUCAUGUAUUAAUAUCAAAUGAAAGACAAGGGUGCUGUAUCUUAGAUUAUUUAUCAGCAAAGUAUAAAUCUUUUAAGGACAAUGUUAGAAUUUUAAAAUUGUUUUCUUUGUUUUGUUUUGUUCAAGCAUCUAUCUUGUUGAUUUCUUACAAUGAAAAAGGACGAUGUCAGUCAAGCAGCACUUUUUCAGAAUAUACAGAACAUAAAUAAUAUGAUGUGGUUGAGUGUUAACAUAAUAAAUCAUAUACAGUAUGACAUUUUAAGGAAAUAAGUCUGCAUUGAUGUGAUUGCAUGCUUGUUUUUACAGUUUACUCCAUACCAUCUGUGGAAAAAUGCAAUAAUAUGUUAAUAUAGUAUGGUAGUUUGAGAGAAUCAGGUAGGUGCUACUAGACACAUUGAAACUAGAAUAGGUUUAUAAACUGUUCAUAUCUUUCAAUGCAUAAUCUUUAGAAAGAGUCUACAAAGCAAAAUUCAUCCUGUUAGUAAAACUGGAAAGGUUCUUAUUACAGAAAUUCGUUAUAUCAACUGCAUCAUCAAUUACUAUUUAAGGCCUAAUUUCAGGAUGCACUUACAAAAUUGCUACACUCCAUAAUGCUGUGUUUACCUCCCUCUUCAUGUCGUCUAUAUUCUACUUGGCUCCAACUGCUAAACUGUUGCUUAAAUAAGUCAAUCAUUAUAACACUGUAAAGGUAGAAAUCCAAAAUUGGUGGGUUCAUUUCAAGAUUUUUGUUGUUGUUGUUCUUUUAGCCCUUUAGACUAAUAAAAAAAACUUAGAACUAAAUAGAUAUAUACAUAUAGAUGGUAUAGUAUAAUUGGCAGGCUCUAAUGAACUAUUUCAAUAUACUACGCAAAUUUGAAUUAGAUAUGACUUUAUGGUAUUUAAAACAAAACAAAUGAAAGAAGGUAGCAAUAAAAUUAGAUUUUAUCCUUUAAAAUAUUUCAUUGUCGCCAAACAAGAAAAUAAAUGGUAAAGACUCUGCUCAGUUCAAUUUCUGCAAGUCAUAAAAAACUAAUAAAAAUUUACAAUGUGAACUGUGUUAAUUACACUAUCUGAUCCGUGCAAAUGUCUAUGCACAUAGAGCCACAUUAUAUCUCUGCUAAGUGAACACAGUAGCUAUGGGACUCAAUGAAAGGAGUACGCACCCCUCUCCCUAGUAGAAUAUGGAGCAUUGUUUUUCAUCUCUAGUAGAAUAUGGAACAUUCUUCUUUAUCAAAAGUAGCUUGCUCUACCAGUGUACGCAGUAUAUGAUUUACAAUGUAAAUUGGCUGUUCUCCAUCAAGGAAAAAAAUGAAAACAACAUUCUUCUUUUCUUUUUUUUGUCAUUUUUGAGCGUCCUAGUAUAAUUGUCAGAAUUAGAAAGAAAAAGACCAGAUUAUGAGAGUAAGAACAAUGAAACAAAGCAUGAUCAAAUAUUGAUGGUGUGUAUGUGUGUGCAAGAGCGAGACUGAGAGAGAGUCAGUGAGAGAGACAGAGUUCAAAUUGUUUAUUUUUACCAGAGAAUCCAAGAAGCAGUUUAAGAAACCAAAUAUCAGAGUUUGACUUAGAAAUAAAUAAUCUCAUAGUGGUCCAAAAUGAUUAUUCUCACUUUAAAAUCCCACAAACUAUCAAAGAGAGAAAGAAAAGUAACUUUCCUAAAUAUGGCAAAGAAGCCAACACCUCAUUUAUUGUUUUCUUUGUAAAAAUAUAAAUAUUGCAAUUAUAAGAAAGGACAAACUCACUUGUAAUUAUGUACUCACUAUUGUAAUAGCAUUGAGUUUCCUAUACACACGUGUACAGCAGCUAUUUGACAGUGAUGGCUCUUCCAUGUAACAUAGCAGUUAUCGUGUAAUUUCGUGCCACUUAUUGCAAAGUGUUACCAAGGGGAACGUUUAAAUUUUACUUUUCCAUUUUCUUUGGACAUAAAGACAAAAUGGAUGAUAAAUACAGAAUUUCACGUUAAAUGUUUUAUGGUGGAGAAAACACAUAUCCUUGUAUCUGGCACUGCAGCUUUCCCUACAUAGUACUGCUUGGAGCCUCUGAAAUGGUCCAACAUUGUUGUCCUUUUCAAAUGGUAAUCUGUAAUGACUAUACCAAAAAAUAUUAAAAAGGGAAAAACAACCUCUGCUGAAAUAAAUGGAAAUCCUAAUGAUAAUUAUUAAUGAGUAAUGCUUUUUAUUAAGUGGCACAAAGUACACACUAAAAACUAUGCAAAAAUAUAGGUAACUACAGUGUACUUACAUGUAAGUAUCUUGUACUUGCUGUGUAUGGAUGUUGGAAACCCAUGUAAUUAUAAUAUGCAUUUUGAAUUCUGGGAAAGAGGAAAGCUUAGUGUAGAUAGAAGAAUUUGUUUUGAAAUAUACUCUGGCAAUAUUGAAAUUUACUCAGUGCAAUAUCAGCAAUUCUAUUGCUGGUAUAUUUCAUGCAAAGGGAUUUUAAAAAAUUCUCCAACAGGAUGUAAGAGGUUGCUAAUCACUUCCAACAUAGUAAAACAUUGAUUUAAAAUAUUGAUGACUCAAUUACAAGAAUAUGUGUAUAUAUAUAAUUUGAUUAAUACAUUAACAUUCUUUACUAGAGAGGAAAAGUAACUUGAGUUGUAAAAUUUAACUCAUAUAUAGUUGAAUUUGGAGUUCUUGGACUUUAUUUUAGCUUUACAAAAAUAGCAUUACUUUUAUUGUAAAUUUAAAUUUCUCCAACCAAAUUUUUCUUUAAGUAAGUUUUUAGGUUGUUUUUAUUUUUGGUCUGGUCCUUUCUUUAUUUCUUUCUCUAAUCUACCCCACGUAUACCCUUUGCACUUAUGCCCUUCCAAAGGCAAUGGAUUGAAGUAACAAGGUAAUAAAGAAAGCUUAAGGGGACAAGACAUAUUCUAAGCUCAUUUGAUUAGCAUUUUGUGUAUCAAGAUUAAUAAUAUUGAAUGCAAUAGUUAUUGGGUAUAGCUGGUGAAUUAUCUACCAUGCACACUUACAAUAAUCCUUCUACCUCUCACUUUUAACAUGGGCUAUGAUACUUCAAUAUAAAUAGAGGAAAUGAUUACCUACAAGAUAACCCAGGAAACACUCUUUUGGUUCUAUCAUAACAGUGCCCUUCUCAACCCCUGGGAAAUCUCAAAGUCACCUUCUUUUAAUGUAUUCAAUGGUGAAUGGGUCUGCAUUUAAAAUUUUCUUUCUUAUCAUUCAUUUUCCUAUAGGCAAAAUAAAAUACCUUUAUAAGGAUAGAUCUUCUCAUGCCUAUUUAAUCUUUCAAUGUAAUAUAGUAGUGUUAAUUAAAAAUAUUUCAUAUGGUGACACUUUGCAAAACAAUAUGAUAUGUUAUUUAAUUUAUAAAAUGUAACACUUUAUUAUAAAUUAAUGCUGCAAUUAUCGGUAAAAAUGUGUGUAGAAUCUAUUUCCCAAGAAGUGUGAUCUUUGUAGUAAAAAAUUUAAGUCUUUUAAAACGGCAUCGUCAUUGACAAAUAACUCCUGAAAAAUGCAAAUUAUUGGCACAAAUAUUCACUUUAUUUCAUAGGUUUAAACGUGAUAUGAAGUUUUCAAAUUAUGUAAUUUAAUAUCCUAAAAGGAAAUGCUAUCUUAAAAACAUUUUCCUCUAAGGAGAAAAAACAAAAAAAUAAAAGUUAUGAUGGUGAAUAUGUAAAACAUACUAAAGGAAAAUAUUUCUAUGUUAUGUGGUUAUGUUACAAAUAAUAUUUUGUCUAUAUUUACCGCCAUUUCCAUAUAUAUGCAUUUGUUACAAGAAAUGUAUGAUUAUUUAUGAGAGAAUGGGUCCAAAUGUGGAAGAAAAAUGACAAAAAUGAAGGUUAAAAACAAAAAAUAAAUGAUUUCCCCUAGCAAAUAUCUCUAUAAUUCAAAAGAAGAAAAGUUAAAGCUACCCGAAGACAAACCUCCCAGGGCUCAGCACUAAAGCACUUUUCCCAUACCCAGGGACAGAGCAGCAGCGAUGCCUACAUGGACUUUUCAGUGCAGUAUGAAAUACAUUACACUUCUCUUACACACAGUACUUUCAAACCUCAGAUGCUUGCUUUCUUCAAAUGCUUUUCCUUGUACAUGAUACUAGUAACACUUUUCUCUUUAUAUUUGCUGAUAGUGUAAGUUGUACGCAAUAAAAUAUUUGAGGGUUAAAAGCAGUCGUCACCAAUUGGUUGGGGGAAUAAAAACAACAAGCCUAUGAAAUGUAAAUUGAAUUGUUAUAUCUUUAUCCUUUUGGCUUUUAUCUGUGUUUCUAAUGUAUUGAAUAAUUCUCAUGAAAAGAAAGAAAAACAAUUUAGAAUUUGUCAAACCCAGUGCUCGUUCUCCUUAUUAAUGUAUAAAACAUUAAUAUCUUUACACAUUGAUUUAACUGUACCUGUUGUAUUCAUUGUAGAUUCAAUGAUGCAGUUAAGUAGUAAACCAAGGAUUUAUGGAUUUGGGAUUACUGACCUGUUUUCUUCACAUUUAGUUUACAUCAGUAUUUGCGAAUUGGCUGUUUAGCUUUUCAUUCAGCCAAAAAGUUCCCUCAAGAAAGCUCCAUUUUUAUCAUAAAUAUUUCAACAUAAACAACAUUGGAACAAGUCUGCUGUGUUAAAAAGAAUUUAAAGACUUAUCUCUGAAAAUGCUACCAAGAAAUGCAGGUGUUCCCAGUAAUGUAGCUUCAAAAAUAAAAUGCUCUAUUUAUAUAAUGUGGAAUUCAUAACUUUUGGAAGGGUAUAUUUAUGACAGCAUAAGUACAAAUUAUAUGCUGUAAAAAACAUCCACCAAAAAUAAGAAUAUUGCACAGAAGAUAGAUAUACACAAUUAUUGAAUCUACCUUUGUCAUUAAUAUUUUCAAAAAUGCAUAUUGUAAUUUUAGGUACAUGACACUUGCAUGUUGAUAUGCCUAUAUACUUACAAAGUAUUCAAUGUGUACUUCGUGGCGCUUAAAAUAUGUCAUGUACAACUCUUAUAAACAUUCUUACAGGGUUAUCAUUUGCAUAUCAUCUUUCAGCAAAGUCUUGUCAGGAAAAAAUUGUCUGAUACAUAUUGAAAAAAUAAAAUUUGAAUUUUAGUUAUCUAUUGGACAUUAAUGAAUUGUCUAUUCAUUUAGUUCAUUUUCUUAAGUUUGAAAACAGACACUGAAAGAUGGAACUUUCUUUUUCCUACUGGAUGGUUCUUAAAGCACUUCCAAAAUGAGAUUUCUUUAUGUCAAACAAUCUUUUGAAUACUUUUUAAAAACUGCAUACAUUAACCAUUUAGAAUUACUUAGUAGGACCAUUUCCCUUGUAAAUGUCCACACAGAAGUUUUCAAAAUUAAGUAACAAUAAAAUAAAUGUUAUUUGUACAUUUCAUCUUUAGUCCUUGAAAUAUAUGAACCUUGUAAUGUGUUAUCUAAGGGUAAAAGCAUUGCUGAUUUAACAGAAUUUACUUGAGAUUGAUAAAAUUUCAAAAUCUGUAAAGAUAAUUUCGCAUUGACUUAUGCAUGUUUUCUAAUGUUGGAGGGGAGCAGAAAAAAGAAAAAGGAACAAAACUCUAUACCUCCACCCACCAGCCCAUAGUCUAAUAAAUGUUAUAUAUUUCAACUACCUACGAGAAUGAAAUUCAUAAUAUAUACUUCCUAAACUUAUGAAAAUAAGGAUUUGAGAUAGGCUUUUAAAUUAAUGGAGGAUUUUCUUUGUGUCUUUGGAAGUUCACUAAUCAUAAAGUAUUUUAUAGUCCUAACCACAGAUUUUGUUAUGCAGGAUGAGCCAAAGGCUGUACAAGAAUUAGUGUCAUUUGGGUCGCUAUCUGUGUUAGACCAUGAAAUAUUCCAUUAAAAUUGAUCUGUAAAUACAA